GCCGACCUGCCCCUCCCCCGCGCUGACACCAGCCCGCCACGGCCCCUCGGAACGAACCGCCCCGCUCCAUGUUCCCGGCGGGCGGGAAAGCCGCAGCCCACCGGAAGCGGCUAGCCCGGAAGCGGAGCCAUGGCGCGCAGAGAGACGGAGCCGCCGGAGCAGGAGACUCUGCGCCGCUGGGAGCGGUAACGGGAGCGGAGCUCGGCACGGGCGCGGAGCAGGCCCAGCUAAAGGCAAAUGUGAUUGAGGAGGACACUGAAGAAUGGCAGAAAGAUUCCACCUUUGCAGGACUGGAGAGAGUGGGAGGGGUGGACCUGUCUUAUGUCAAAGGAAACGACACAGUCGCCUGCGCUUCCCUGGUGGUUCUCAGCUACCCAGAGCUUGAGGUGCUAUAUGAGGAUUGCCAGAUGGUAACCGUGAGUGCCCCCUACCUGGCAGGAUACUUAGCUUUUCGAGAGGUCCCUUUCCUGGUGGAAGCUGCUCAGAGACUUCAGGAGCGAGAGCCUGGGCUCAGGCCUCAGGUGCUGCUUGUAGAUGGGAAUGGUGUGCUCCAUCACAGAGCAGGGUUUGGUGUGGCCUGCCAUCUGGGGGUGCUGACAGACCUGCCCUGUAUUGGUGUGGCCAAAAACCUCCUGCAGGUCGAUGGCCUGGCCAAGGAUGAGCAGCACAAAGGGCAGAUCCGCGACCUGCAGAUGGGAGGAGAUGUAUUCCCUCUGAGGGGCACCUCCGGGAGAGUCCUGGGCAUGGCCCUGCGCAGCUACAAUAAGAGCACAAAGCCCAUCUACGUCUCCGUGGGCCACAGGACGUGCUUGGAGUCGGCGGUGCGCCUCGUCCAGUCCUGCUGUAGGUACCGGAUCCCAGAGCCCAUCCGACAGGCUGACAUCAGAUCCAGAGAGUACAUCCGAACGCACCUGUCCUCCCCACUGGGGGGCACAUCUCCUGGGCCAGGGAGGAAGGAAGAGGCUGAGCCCAAGCAUUACUUUGGCCCCAGGAAGACACUGCCCAGCCCCAGUGUGAACUUGGGCCUUCCACCCCCUAUGGAAUCAGAACUCCAAGAAGUCUCUACAGGGCAGCGUGACUCACCGUCCACACCAGGAACUCAGGGUACUUCGUGAGGUGAAACGCCAGGAUAACCAGAGAUUAAUCAGGAGACGGCUUCCCCCUGGGCUCUGCUAAUGGGGCAGGAGCCCCGGCCUUUGAUGGUUUGUAAAUUCUAGCGAAUAUUUUAUAUUCCAAUUUUGAAACCACACACUGUAAAAAUAAAUUCUCACCAGUGCUCGUACACUAACAAAGCAGUGUUUGGGAGUCAAGGGAGGGAUUAUGUGCAGCAAGACUGUGAGAAUUCACUUUGGGUGGUUUCUUAACAAACAAGUUAAAAACAACAUGAAGCUCCCAGUUUGACGCUGGCUUCUUGCCAAUCCCUUUCGUGACACAGUCUCAUGGACUUCCUGCUCCCCAUCCUCCUUUUACCCUUUCCUCCCCACUUCUCCAGCCUGUGUGUUUGUGUCACUUCACACCUCUCUGGGGAACAGAAGCCCAAUAACUAGCUGCUGCUAGUCCUGACAGACGGGCAGAGGACUCUGUGUUUUGGGUGGGCGUGUAACUCACAAGGGAGGUGCGGGAGCCAGCAAUCUGCUGCAUGGUUUGGAGGAGGGGAGCUGCUAGGCUCUAAGUCCUGAAUUUGGAUCCCUAGGAAGCAAACAGGCUCCCUGGUACACAGGUCGUGCAGUCCUUGGUCCAUCAGGUCUCAAUAGCUGCUGCUCUGCCUGCUGUCAGUUACCGAA